AUGGGUCAGAUCAUCAGUCUGCCUGUUGCUGGCAACGAUGUUUCCAUCAGUCGUCAGUUUGAUAACCAACACGCCCUGAUCCAGAAUUACCAUGCUGUCAGAGGUGCCAGGGUGAUGGCUUUGAAGGUCUACAUCUCCCACACCGGCCAAAGCCUCACAUACACCAAUGCCGAUCCGAAUACCCGUGUCGAGACCCUGCGGACAUGGAUCGAAUCCACCGCAGGUAUACCGACUGGUCGUCAGAUCUUGAUGACCAGCCGUGGCAAGAACGUCAAGAACUUAUCUAACGAAGUCGAGGUCUACGUCUACGACAAACAGGUCCUCUCCUCCGACGCCCAACCUCCAACCCGGAACGAUCUCGAACUGUCACGGCUCUCCGCACCCCCUUCCUCCCUCGCCGAUGAGAACAGCCUCAAGGCAUGGCAGGACUUGUUCAUGUCAAGACGGGCAUGGGCGCUGGAAGCCUUUGAAAUAGCCAGGACCGGGGUCGAAAACAUCGAGCUGUGUGCUGACGAGGCCAUAAUCAUUGCCCGAUCGAAGCAAGUUGCCUUGGACAACCUGCGAACCCACGUGACGUCCCUACAGCAGCGAUUCGAAGAGACACGUCAAUGGGCCGAGAACUACAUCCAAGACCACCGGGAUGUCCUCGAAAACUGGAAAGCACGUGUCGGUGCACUGGGUGAGUUGCCGGUGCGCGAGGACGUGGCCAAGGUCCUGCGUCGCCAGGUCGAGCAGGAAAGUGACCGCAUCGCUGCUCCUAUCGGCACUCUGCUUGACUUGGUCGAUCAAGAUGCACUUCAUGUUGCCGCCGAGAGUGUCCAACAGAGUUCGGCUGAGUUCGAAGGGAAACUACAAAAGCUUCAAGCAGCCAUGGACAAGCUCAAGAUCGAUACCAAUGAAGUAGGACGCCGGUCGACGGCCAUACCGGAGAUCGACACAAAUGCUUUGCUGGAUGAAGCUGAGACUCUGGCCAAGCGUAUCACCCUUGACUAUGAGGAUGUCCUGCAGAUGCAAGACAAUCCGAAGUCGGUGGCCGCGGUCUCCAGGAAGGCUGCAGUCCAUACAAGAGAGUUACUACCCGCCCUCGAAGCUGUGGUGGAGGAGAUCAUUCAUGCAUCCAAAUCUGCGUCAGAAGUAAGAAAUACCGUGUCGAAUGAGUGGUAUUCCGCCCUUCGAAAUAUCUCCAGCCUUCAGUCUCGCCUUGCUGAAGCCCAGUCUGCUACGUCGAAUCUCGAUUUCCAUGACGACGAGAAUUUUCAGCUACUGAGCCGGAUUUUCCACUUGCCAUUAGUUUAUGGUGCAACCUUGAUCGAGGCAACCCGCCGAUCGGAAUGGACGGAGCGGAUGAGGGCCGAGAUCGAUGUUCUCCACGAAGACCUGUCCGUCCAGACGGAGGAGGAACAACGGCGCCGCAAGAAAUGGACCGCCGCACAUAAUGAUUACUUGGACCAGGAUCUAAACGCCAAAGACGCCCUUGUGGAUCUGAAGGCCUCAGCCCCGAGGAACUCAUGGCCAUUCGUGAUCAGGGAUGAAAUAUUCGCCUGGGUGGAUGACCUGACGGCUUUGAGGAUCGAUGAUGCCGUCGAAGCCCUCUCACAGCGAUUGAAAGAUCUGGACGCCCCAAUCCGCAAGCAGAAGCCAAAGCCUUUCAAGAACGGAAGCAUCCAUGAUCUCAGCCAAAGUACGGCCCUACGCAGCGGAACCGACGUCAAGAAUUUACAGGACGAAAAAUCUAGGCUUGAAGAGAAGCUGAGAGCUUCGGAUAGCCGAGUUCGUAAAUUAGAAGAUCUGCUCCACCGCCAAAGCCAGAUGAGCCGCCCGCCUAGUGGGAUAUUCGUCCCCGGCGGCGCCGCGGAGUUCGAACGACAGACGCCCUCACCGGGUCCGGUCGCAAGGCAGAGUGACCUCUCAAGAAGAUCGUCUGUGUCUCUCCGCCGAUUGUCCAAUACUCAAGAUGAGAAGUCUCUCGUGCAGAAAAUAGUUGCUUUAGAAGGGCAAGUCCACAAAUUGCAGGAGGAGGCCCUUGCGGAGAGACGUUCAAGCACGGAAAGCAGAGACAAGAUGCAUGAGGCCGAGCUCGUCAAGAGAGACCUCAUGGCAAACUUUGAAGCCCAGAAGCAAGAAUUCGAAGAGGAGCGCCAGCUGCUGGAUGACGAAGUGCAUAGGCUCAAGGUCAAACUUGACGAAGCAGAGGACGAGCUCGAUCGACUAAACGAGUCCAGAGACCAUCUGCGGACGGAACAGGAUCAAGCAAUCGCCAACCUCCGUGAGGAGUUGGAACAAGUGAAACGAACUGCUGCGGAGGACGUAGCUAAAUCAGAGCGUAAGCUUGAGAAUGCUCAGAAGGAGACCAACAUCCAACGCGAGAAAGUCGCAAACUUGGAGCGUCAGCUGCACCAAGUGAGGGACGAAAGAGCUGCUGCACAAGCUCAGAACAUGACUUUGGCGAAGCAGCUCCGAAUCAUGGAGGACCAACAGCAGGAAUACAUCACCGUCCUGCAAGGCGCGCAUUCGAAUCUGUCUCCUGCUGGUUCUCCUCCAGACAACCUCCAGCGUCUUGUCAAUGCCCUUGAGAUCCUUUCAGAGGGAGCAGCAAUCCAUACUCGUGGUCUCGAUGAUUCCUUGCAACUUGCGCUGGCAGAGAACAAGGCGCUCGAGGAGAAGGUCCUGCAAACCGAAUCCCAAGUUAAGGCCUUGGUAGCUCAGCUGUCCAUGGCCGAGACGCAGUCUGCCGAGCUGCGGGAGAGCCUUGACCAGGAACGAAGCAAGAUGUCAGGCUUGCGCACUGAGCUAGCCAGUGAGCGGGCAGAGAUCCACAGCCUCCGGGAGAAGUUCGCUGCAGGCGAGACGGGAUCGGAUGCGCUGAGACAGCAGCUGCAGUCGGAGGCACAAAAAGUUGUUGAACUUCUGGACCUCAAAGCCGAAGAUGAAGCCAAAAUUCAGCACCUUAAGCACGAAAUCGAAGAGCUGAGACGUGAGUCCUCGACCGCUGCCGAGAAACAAGACACUUUGAAGAGGCAUCUUGAUAGUCGCGGCGAGAAAGCCAAGCAAUUGUCGGAACGUCUUUUCCAUCAUCACGACCGAAUCGUCCGCAUGCUGGAGCAGUUCGGAUACAUGGUGUCGAAGCAAGACGACACUCUGAUCAUCCUGCGCGCUUCAAAGGUCAAUGCCAGUGCCAUUCUCAGCGGUGGCGAAGGCUCCGGGGCCUCCACGAUGAAGCGUACGAUUUCCGGCUCCGCACCUGUACAGCACUACUCUGAUCCUUCGGAUCUGGAAACGCUCUACUGGAUGUCCGACAAUGACCUGGACUCCGAAUCAAGCAAGUAUACCAGCUUCCUCGGCGCUUUGCAGCGUCUCGAUGUCGACAGUACGAUCGACCUGGUCACCAAACGCUACAAGGACGUCGAGAGCCUGGCCAAGAAAUACCAGAAGGAGUCUCGUGCAUACCGUGAGCGGACACAUCGGAGUCAAGCAGAAGCUCAUGACAAGAUCGCGUAUCGGAGUUUCAAAGAAGGCGACCUGGCGCUGUUUCUCCCCACUCGGAAUCAAGCGACACGACCGUGGGCGGCAUUCAACGUCGGGGCGCCCCAUUAUUUCCUUCGAGAGCAAGACGCACACAAACUGCAGGCACGUGACUGGCUACUGGCGAGGAUCACCAAGAUCGAGGAACGUGUGGUUGACUUGUCCCGGAGCCUGUCCACAGGUAUGCAAGGCAAUGCCUCAACCAGCGCUAGUGUGGACGAUGGAGGAUCUAUGCGGUCUGUUGAAGACGAGAACCCAUUUGAACUAUCCGAUGGUCUUCGAUGGUACAUGAUUGACGCCACCGAAGAAAAACUGGGCGCUCCCGGCACGCCAUCCGUCGGCAAAUCCACCGUCACAGCCUCCAACGUUGAAGUUAAGGGCCACAUGGGAACGGGACGGAAGGAACAUAAAUCGGGAAUGAGCAUCGGAGGCGGCAUGGGAGGCGCAAGUGCCACGACAAAUAUGGUGACCAAGACAUUGACCAAGAGCCUUGACAGUCGUCGGUCCAGUUCGGGCAGCAAAAAGAGCGUGGACCUCAAGGGCAAACACGAUACCAUCGGCGCCAGCCGGGGUGGCAGUAAUGUUAAGGACAUGACCAGCAAGGCGCCACUCGCACCGAUCAAAAGCGACACCGAUGCAGAGCAGGCUCAACCCGAAUGCGACGAAGCGGGUGCAGACGCGGACGCAGAGACGGAGCGUGAUGAGGGAGAGGCGGCACGACCUGACAACCAAGCCGGCCCUGUGGCGAGUAUGGUCCGCCAGCCGACCGCCGCCAGCGCGACGGACAGGGAAGAUGCACAGGUCUUUGAAGUGGUGAGGAGGGAUCUCCUGCUCGGCCCAUGA